GCCAGCGCUGCACCGCUGAGCGCCUACCCGGACCCGACGCCUGGCUCCGGGGAAGCGCCCCGGCGCAGGCAGCGCGCACGCUACACGAAGCCUCAGAUUUGGAGAGAAUAGACAGACGGACUGACUAUCCCUCCACACGUUAGUUAUUUUGCAUUGGGGAUUAACACAUCAGCACUCAGCCCACUAGGCCAUGGAAAAGAAGCUACAGAGCUAUUGAAACCAUUGGAGGGAAAGAAACACACGCCACCCCUCCCUGGGGAAGGGGCCUCUUCUGGCCAUGUCUCCUGCAGCAACUGAACCAGGUGGGGUCCAGCAAGACAGGCAUGUCAGCAUGCUCAUUUUCUUCCUUUUCGUCUUUGGUGCCAUCCUGUUGUUUGUGGGAGUCCUGCUCUCCAUCUUUGGGUUCCAGGCAUGCCAGUACAAGCCCCUCCCAGAUUGCAGCAUGGUGCUGAAGGUCGUGGGGCCUGCGUGCGCCGUGGUCGGGCUCGCGGCUGUGAUCCUGGCCCGCUCCCGGGCGCUGCGUCAGUUCCGUGAUGGGCGCCGUCGAGGCCACCAGGCGGACCCCGACCAAGCCUUCCUCUGCGGAGAGAGCCGCCAGUUCGCCCAGUGUCUCAUCUUUGGAUUUCUCUUCUUGACCAGCGGCAUGCUCAUCAGCAUUUUGGGCAUUUGGGUCCCUGGCUGUGGCUCUGACUGGGAGCAGGAACCGCUGAAUGAGACAGACACUGUCAACGAGGAGCCCCAGAUCUGUGGAUUUCUGUCUCUGCAGAUCAUGGGACCCUUGAUUGUGCUCAUGGGAUUGUGCUUCUUUGUGGUUGCCCAUGUGAAGAGGAGAAGCAACUUGAAUGAGGGCCCGAAUGCCUCUGAAAGUGAAGAGAGACAGACCCAGAACUCGGAGCCUGUCCAGGUCACCGUAGGUGAUGCCGUGAUAAUAUUCCCGCCCCCUCCGCCACCUUACUUUCCUGAGUCUUCAGCUCCUGCAGUAACUCGAAGUCCUGGGGCUAACAGUUUGCUUCCAAAUGAAAAUCCACCUUCCUAUUACAGUAUUUUUAACUAUGGCAGGACCACUACGGCUGAGGGCCAAGGCGCGGCCUCUGAGAGGGAGCAUGUACCCAUAUACACUAUUUCUGGGGCUCCUUCGUCCUCUGAGAUCGCCCAUACUCCGCAUCUCUCGUCUGAAUUGCCUCCCAGAUACGAAGAAAAAGAAUCUACUGCAGCCAUGUCCUUGUCUCCCUCUUCUCAGCCUUCCCCACCAUGAACUCGGACUCCUGUUCGGUUUUAUAUAGAAUUGAUCACUAUUUUAUUUAAUUUUUUUUAAU